AUGAUUGAACCAACGGGGCUAGAGUGGUUAGACGUCAAGUCCACGCUUCCCUCAGUUCCCUACAGCCAAGACACACAUGAAGUCCGAACGCAACGUCUACUUCUUCGCAAGUUUAGGAUAGAUGAUCUGGAACCACUUUUCGAGUUGCGGUCGCAUCCAGACGUGGCUGCCUGGACGCCUAGUGGAAAACCAGAAACAGACAUUGAACAGACGAAAAAGGUAUUAGCCGCCUGGAUCGAUGGCCAAAAUGACAAGAAUCUCAAGUUCGCCAUCUGUCUCGCAUCGACGGGAGAAUUCAUCGGACAAGGAGGAGUACACUCUCGACAGGGGCAACUGGGCUGGCCCGAACUAGGCUACGCCAUACGCAAGGAACACUGGGGCAAGGGCUACGCUACAGAGUUUGUCAAGGCAUUCCUCGACCUGUGGUGGAGGUUGCCAAGAGUAGAGAGUAACUUUCGGGUUGACGCCAGGACCCUGUCUCCUGGCUGUGAGGACGGACAAGUGGCCAAUGAAUGCAUUGUGGCAAUCACAGUUGAUGAAAACAAGGGGAGCCGUGGCGUGCUUGUGAAGAGUGGAAUGGAAUUGACAAAGAUUUGGAGGGUGGAGGACAUGCGUGAUGAGACGCAGAUGGUUGAUUUGCUGUGCUACGUGAUGACUGGACGAAAGAGUUAG